UUCCAACCACCACCUACCCCUUUUCCAUGGCCAACAGGCCAAGGCCAAGGCCAGCGAACGAUUUUAAUGAAACAAUCAAGUCCUUCAUCUCUCCAUCCCUCCCCUUGCCCUUAAUCUUACAGCCCCCACAGGCGGAGACGUCCUCCUCGACCCCCCGAUCACCCCCAUCCCACUCUGUUGAGUGGUGGCUUAUUAAUUCCAGUCCAGACACUCUCUCGCUGCUUGGAGAUUAAUCAUCCAAAGAAGCCUAAGCUUUUCGUCUCGUUCUCUUAUUAUUGAUCGACGCAGAGGCUAGCGUGGAGUGGCAGCACUUGUUUCUUGUUGUACUGACACAAAAUGGGAGGUGGCGGGGCGGCGAGAUCGGCAGCGGCGCUUGCCGGGCGGAUGGCGAACGACGUCGUGAGCUUCAUCGUGUUCACCAUUUUGGAUUUGCUUGAUGUAAUGCUAUGUCUUUUUUAUAAGCUCGUGGACUACGCCAUGGAAUCCGAGUGGAAGCCUUGCUACUGCUCCUCCUCCCCCAAGGACAUGGUUACCAGCAGCGGCGAGAUCCUCGUGUCGGAGAAUGGGGGCUCGAAAGUAGUCCGGCUUUCCUCCACCAAACUCCAGCUGGAGGACAUCUCAGACACCUUGUACUCCAGGCCCUCCCUCGUCUCCGAGGUCUCCCGGACGACGGUACGUGAGCUCCGGAGGAUUAAAACGGGGCGGCAAGGCAGCCGGCGUCCUGCAGCGGCCGCGCGGAGCGCAGGCGGGGUUCGAUCCGCGUCGCCCAACACCACGAAAUUCACCAUCAAAUCCACCAUCAUUCAGAUGCUCCAGGGCAGGAUCGGCGGCGGCAAGUCGUACCCCGUGCCGCGGUGGUCCGACUGCGACUGCCCGACCUGCACCUCCUGGAGCUCCCGCGACUCCCUCCUCUUCGUCCACGCCGAAGCCCCCAAAGAUGGAGGGGUGGCGGAGGAGGACGUGCUGUUCAUACAUGGAUUCAUAUCGUCGUCGGCGUUUUGGACGGAGACGGUAUUCCCGAACUUCUCCGAGGAGACGAGGGCGAGGUACCGGCUGCUUGCGGUGGACCUGCUGGGGUUCGGGCGGAGCCCGAAGCCGUCCGACUCGUUGUACACGCUAAGAGAGCACGUCGAGAUGAUCGAGCGCUCGGUGCUGGAUCGCUACAAGGUCCGGUCCUUCCACAUUGUCGCCCACUCCCUUGGCUCCAUCCUCGCCCUCGCCCUCGCGGUGAAGUAUCCUGGUGCCGUCAGGUCUCUCACCCUCCUCGCCCCGCCGUAUUUCCCGGUGCCGAAGGGGGAGAAGGGGACGCAGUUUGUGCUGCGCCGGGUGGCGCCGCGGCGGGUGUGGCCGCCGAUGGCGUUUGGGGCGUCGGUGGCGUGCUGGUACGAGCACAUCAGCCGGACGGUGUGCCUGGUGGCGUGCAAGAACCACCGGUUCUGGGAACUCGCCUUCAAGUUCGUCACCCGCAACAGGAUUAGGACCUUCUUGAUGGAUGGCUUCUUCUGCCACACCCAUAACGCUGCAUGGCACACCCUCCACAAUAUUAUUUGUGGAAGUGCCGGCAAGAUUGAUGGCUAUCUUGAUGCAGUGAGAGAGAAACUUAGCUGCGAUGUGACAGUGAUCCAUGGGAGGGACGAUGAGCUCCUUGCAAUUAGUUGUAGUUACGAUGUCCGGUGCAAGAUUCCUCGAGCGCAUGUCAAGGUUGUGGACAACAAGGACCACAUCACCAUCGUCGUGGGCCGCCAGAAGGCUUUUGCCCGGGAGCUUGAGGAGAUAUGGAAGAAUACAAGACGCUGAGUGUGUAUCGAAAGAGAGAGAAAUAUUGUGGAAAAAAAAGACAAAAAAAAUGUUAAAAGGUGAGAAAAAAAAAGAAAUAAGCAAGAAAGACCAAUAUGUCUGGUAACAAAGGAAGAACAGCCUGAGGGAAAUGCAGAGGUUGGGCAGAUUUAUUCUGCCUUUAGCUUUUAUUUCCUUUUUUUUGUUAAAAAAAAAUCAAUUCAAAAUAUAUCUGACUUAGUGUUAUUGUGGAAAGUUAUGUGGAAAUUAUUAGAAUUUAGUCUGCCAUUUUUUUUUUAUUCCUCAUCUAUUCCUGCUGCAACCUAUACUUAAUAGAUGGCGCCCCUGAAAGAAUUGUCAGGAGA